AACAGAUUACGUCACAUGUGCGCCGGAAGUCGCAGCACUGUUGCCUGGAAUAAUCGUGGAAUUUGGAAGAAAUCAUGCCGCCAAAGGGGAAGGGUGGAAAGGGAGCAAAAGGUAAUCAACAAGAGCUGGGAUAUCCGGAACACAACGAGCCUAGGUGGAGCAGCCAGUGGGGAAGCAGCUGAUAAGAAAGCACAAACACCCAAAGGGGGAAAUGCUGUCAAGGUGAGACACAUUCUCUGUGAGAAGCACGGCAAGGUAAUGGAGGCCAUGGAGAAGCUGAAGUCUGGUGUGCGCUUCAGUGAGGUGGCAACACAGUACAGCGAGGACAAGGCUAGGCAAGGGGGGGAUCUGGGCUGGAUGACAAGGGGCUCCAUGGUGGGACCUUUUCAAGAUGCUGCUUUUGCUCUUUCUGUCAGCACAAUGGACAAACCUGUUUACACUGAUCCUCCCGUAAAGACAAAGUUUGGCUAUCAUAUUAUUAUGGUGGAAGGAAGAAAAUAAGCAAACAAAUCAGGACAAUGGCCUACCCUAGCAAUUCUAUGUAUUGAAAGACAGCCCACAACUUUCCCAUAACUCCCACCAGAUACCAUAGAGUUAAAAUACUGGAGCAAAAUAGACCCUAACCCGUCCUUCCAGAGACUGGUCUGAUUUGGCCACUUUUGUUUAUAUCUGAAAUUUGGCCCAUAGGACAGGUAUACGUGGCCAUAAUCUGUUUGCUCUUUUAUUUCAUUUAUUUGGUGAGUAAGUCUGAGUGACUGUAACUAUGAGAAGUGAAGGAUCACCAUGGUUCCUCUUCAUUUGCAAAUGCAGCAGUCACUGACAGAUAUGGUGCACCAGCAAAUUGCAUUUUCCAGUAUGUCUGACUGACAAAUAUCCAUACUACAUAGAUAUAAGUCAGGAUCAACCCCCCCCCCCCCAACAUACAGGUACUGAAAAUGUUUUGUAUGACUGUCAGUGCAUGUAUGAACCCACUUACUAUAAAUUUUGCUACUACAAUAAAACUCCAUUCCUCUGUCAUGGUCCAGAUGUCAUUCUUGGAUUCCUCAUGGCACCAACAUAUUGAUUAUUGGACGUUCUUUUUCAGAUUUAUGUAAAUGCAUAAAGUACCCUUUCUAAAUCA